GGGCUAUGAAUACUCAGUAUUGUUUUGCACAUAAGUCAAUUCCUUAUAAAUUAGUAUUCGGACAGCUUCCCCACUACGAUACUAAUUUAGUUGAUAUAUUUGAAAGUGAGGAGUCAUUAAACAACCAAACUCUAAUAUCUGAAGGCUCCCAAUCAACUAUAGUUUCUGAAAUUAGCAGUGAUACAGUUUCAGAAUCAGAAUUUUCUAGUACUAUAGAACAAGUUCAAGAAAAUUGUAGCAACAUUGACAGUGCAGAUAAAAUAUGUAGUGAUAAUGAUGGUGCACAAGAUAUUGAUGAUGAUAGUGCACAAGAACUUUAUAACGAUUUAUUAUCAUUAUAUUGUUCUGAAAUUGAAGAGGAUUCUAAAAAUACACCAGUUCACGAAAUUGCUGAAAUUAUUAAUUCAGAUGAUGAUUUCGAAGUUGGAGAGU